UCCCUGAGCAGCACACUGAACUGGAUAACGUCUCCUUCAACCCGCAGCACAGACUCAUUUCUCUCCACACCAGCUCUGAGUGGAUGCUCAGCAGGGGUGUUUGAGAUAUUAGCGCGCUGUGGGAGGACGGCUCAGGGACUUCUACCAUCCACACACUAAAGAGCCGGCAUUUCGGAGGAAUAUGGGCAAAUCCGAAAGUCAAAUGGAUAUCAUGGAGAAAUCAAGUAAACCUGGAAAGCGUCGUUGGACUGUUGCAGAAAUCGGUCUGUCUGUGCUGCUGCUGUUGGUCAGCUGUGCCUUGGCCGGGCUGGUGGUCCUCUACACAUCGGCUGUGAAAGAACAAUCAAACAGGCCAAGCGUGUCGAGGAGCUCAACAAGUGAAGGCCAGCUGUUUCGCUCCAGCCUCAACAAUGUGUGCACAACUGCAGACUGUGUUACAGCAGCUGCUCGGCUCUUGCAGAACAUGGAUAAGUCUGUGAAGCCUUGUGAUAAUUUCUACCAGUACGCCUGCGGGGGUUGGCUGGAGCGACAUGUCAUCCCAGAGACCAGCUCCCGCCACAGCGUCUUUGACAUUCUGAGGGACAAGCUGGAGAUUGUCCUCAAAGGUGUUCUUGAAACAUCGAGCGCACAGGAUAGGGAUGCCAUCAAAAAGGCCAAGAUCCUUUAUAGCUCCUGCAUGAAUGACACCCUCAUAGAGCAGCGUGACUCGCAGCCCCUCCUGACGCUCAUAGAAAGUAUCGGAGACUGGCCCGUGGCCUCAGAGGACUGGGACACCACGACAGAGGAAGCGUGGAGCCUCGAGGACACACUUGCAACACUCACUGCUCGUUUCCACAAGAAGGUCAUGCUGGACAUGUAUGUGUGGACGGACGACCGGGACUCGCUGCGUCACAUCAUUUAUAUCGACCAGCCAGGACUUGGAAUGCCGUCCAGAGACUACUACUUCAAUGAUGGAAACUACAAAAAGGUUCGAGAGGCCUAUCUACAUUUCAUGGUUUCUAUUGCGAAGAUAACCCGAGAGGACAGGAACUUGACUCAGGAUGACGACCGAGUGUGGGAGGAAAUGAUGCAAGUGCUGGAGCUGGAGACAGACAUCGCCAACGCGACAUCACCAGCAGAGGAGCGCCAAGAUGUCACCGUUCUUUACAACAAGAUGACACUCAGUGAACUGCAGAGCACAUUCAGCCUUAACGGUUUCAACUGGACACGAUUUAUUCAAGGCGUGCUGUCGAGUGUGUCUAUCGAUGUCCAGGUAGAGGAGGAGGUGGUUGUGUACAGCUCUCCCUACCUGGAGAAGAUGAAUGACGUUCUCGCCAGACACAGCGUCAGAACUAUGCAGAACUACCUCACCUGGCAGCUCAUCAUCGACAGAGUUAACAGCUUGAGUCGCCGCUUUAAAGAUGCCAGAGCCCGCUACAGAAAGACUCUCUAUGGAACCACAGUGGAGGAUGCUUGGUGGCGGGAAUGUGUCCGUUAUGUCCAGAGCAGCAUGGAGAAUGCAGUUGGAGCUUUGUAUGUGCGUGAGACCUUUGCAGGAGAAAGCAAACGUAUGGUCAGUGACCUCAUCACUAAGAUCCAGCAAGCGUACGUAGAAACACUGGAGGAGUUGAGCUGGAUGGACACUCCCUCAAAGGAGAAGGCGAGAGAGAAGGCCAUGGCAAUCAAGGAGCACAUUGGCUAUCCAGAUCAUAUUCUACAACACAGCAACCAGAAGCUCGACCAGGAGUACGCUCAUCUAAAUUUCAGUGAAGAACACUACUUUGAGAACAUCCUUGAGAACCUCAAGUCUGAAGCCCAUAAGAGUCUGAAGAAACUCAGAGAGCCUGUUGAUCCUGACUUGUGGAUCAUCGGUGCUGCUGUGGUGAAUGCAUUCUACUCGCCCAACAGAAACCAGAUAGUGUUUCCUGCAGGAAUCCUGCAGCCACCCUUCUUCAGCAAACAUCAGCACCAGGCGCUUAACUUUGGAGGAAUAGGAAUGGUCAUUGGACAUGAGAUCACACAUGGGUUUGAUGACAAUGGACGUAAUUUUGACAAGGACGGUAAUAUGCUAAACUGGUGGAGUAAUUACUCUGCGGAGCACUUUAAAGAGCAGUCACAGUGCAUGGUGCAACAAUAUGGCAACUUCAACUGGAAGCUAGCAGGAGGACAAAAUGUUAGUGGAAUCAGCACUUUGGGCGAGAACAUUGCAGACAAUGGAGGUGUUCGUCAAGCAUAUAAGGCUUAUCUAAAGUGGGUGGAGAUGGAGGGUGAGGAGCCUCGUCUGCCUGGUCUAGACAUGGAUCACAAGCAACUCUUCUUUCUGAACUUUGCCCAAGUUUGGUGUGGUGCUUAUCGGCCUGAGUAUGCCAGCCAGUCCAUCAAGACUGACUCCCACAGUCCUUUAGAAUACAGGGUGCUUGGAUCGCUGCAGAAUUUUGAGGCUUUCUCAGAAGCUUUUCAGUGCCAAAAAGGCAGUCCAAUGAACCCUGAGCUGAAGUGCCGCGUCUGGUAGAACUCCUGAGAGAUUUAUUCUUCUUGACAUGGGCGACUCAAAUCAAAAGAACAAGCUGUACUUUUUAAGCCCACAGAGACAUCCCGCUUAUGACUUAUUCCAAUUUGUUUGGUGCCGAAUGAUGACACAGACAUUUGCAUAUGCAGGCCUGUAGAUGUAGAUGUAUUUGAAAUGGAUGAUAUCCUGGACUUCACCCUAGUUUCAAAACUUGAAUUUUUGAGUACAUUUUCAAGUGUGAAGCGUUGUGUCUGGAUGAGGGGGUCAUUUGUUCCUUUUUUUGCUGUGUCCCACGACAGAUGAUGAGUGGGUACGAGAAUGAAAAGGCUUGUGAGGAGGUUAAAGCUUAUACGUUAUUCAUUUUUAAAAAAAAUCUCUUCCGCAGAUCUUUGUGAUUUGUCCAUUAACAUUCGGCACUGAGCUGCCUUGGUGUCUUUCAUCUGAUGUUACUGUUUUCAAUACAUUGUGCCACUUCAAAAGGAAUAAUAGUGAACAAAUCUUAGACUGACGAGUAUGAAGUAAAUGAAAGCUCGGGGCUUUGCUGAAGUAAAGCUACAAUAGAAUUAGUCACGCUCGGAGGGUUUGGUCAUUCACUGUUACGUGAAAACAAAUUAUUUAAAGACUUUAAGACUGUUAAAUCUUUGCAGCGUUAACCUCAAAUUAGCAUUGGCAGAGAGCUGCUGCUUUCAGCAUUUUUACAUUUAAAGAGUGGAUAAAUAUUCAAAAUUUACAAAGCUGUGUCGUACCUAUUUAAGUUUCUUUGUUACUCCCCACUCACUGCAGAAAUGUAUAUGUAAGUCAUCAAGUUUGCUGUAAGAAAAACCAUAUUCCAGAUGUUUUAGAGAAAUUUUGGUGGUCUGCUACUUUUUAACUAAUGAGAAAAACCCAGCACUUGUUGGAGGUAGAGUGACGUGAUAUUGAUAUUAACUGCAUUAUUGGUUUACUCCCGGUUUGGACUGCUCCCUCUCUAACUCUGUUUCCUCACAUACCACCUUUACCAUGAUUUUGAAGGCUCCCAAGUGUUCAUAUUGGCCCGAGCUAUUAAAACUCCUCACAUGUGUCAUUUGUCAGGUUACACAAACCUACAUUUAUUUUAAAAAAUAGCGUCUACUUGUAUGACACCUGUAAGUUCACAUUUAACCCCAAGUAGUGCUUGGUCUGUACAACAGCUGUGCUUUUCUUCCCUACACGACCUCCUGAGAAGAGACUUUUAGCCCCUGGGUGCAGGCAAUUACAUGCUAAGAGGAAGGGAGAAGAAAACCCCUCAGAUGCACUCGCACAUGGGCAGGCAGCAGAUGAAGUGGUUUGCCUUCUGAUCUUGCAUUGAUCAGUGUCAUGUAAGAUGAAAGGACGGCGAGCUGUGUGCUGAAGCAUGGUGAUUGACCGUAGCUGAUCCCAAAACCCCCGCAGGCAAACACAAUGAAGAAUGGGGCUUGUCAUUAACGAGAUGGCCAGGGCCAGGACUGUUAUUUUCUACCUUUAUUAACAAGUAAUGACAGGAGAAUCAAAGAACAGACCUCAUAAGCGAGGACGGACACACCGGCUGCAGAAAGGAGAUGUUUUUUGGAGUUUUUUUUUGCUAAAGAGAAACGCAGCAGGAAAAGCAACAACACACAGCCGGUCUUGAAUGUUUGCUGUCAUUGGUCACAUUUAGGAUGCCUUGGUAAACUGAACACGACUGUUAGGUCUCAACAGAGGCUGCUUGAAUUGAAUGUGCAUAUUUAAGCUUUAUACUCUCAGUCUGUCUCUUAGUCUUCGCAUAUUGGCAAAUACUGUUGUGUUAAGCAGGGGGAGAGGACGUGUUGGGGAAAGACUGUUUUGCUCCGAAUGUAAGUGCUGAUAUUGUGCUGCCACCUUAAAGCAAAUGUUUGGGAAACUCGCUUGCUUUCUGGCAGAGAAAUACAUAAUUAGAGUUAGGAGAGUUCUCAUGUCUGUCCUCUAAAUAAUUAAAGGGAAGCAGCUACCCCAGGACUGACUAUUGGGUAUAAAAUCCCCCUUCCAACACCUUUGAAGUUAAACACAACCCUGUUUCCUGAAAAGUACAUUUAUAUACUAUUAAACUGUUUUCCAGAAUAUAUGGUGGAGACAAGCUGGAUUAUGUGCACAAGCAAGGCUUUUUGUGGAAUGAAGUUCUUUAUUUCUGUAUCAGAGUCCCUGAGAGGUGGUCAGGAUGGAUGCUCAGGCAGACGAAGUGCAGGACCGUGACGCAAGUGAUUAUAGUUACACAAUGAAAGACUGUGGUUUUGGCUAAAUGUUAGUUAAAUAUAAGUUUCUUAAUUCACUGUGGGUUAUUCCUGAUAUAAAGCAGGCCUCGUGUUGUGACAGCUCAGUAACAAACAAGAUUGAAAUGCAUGAGCAAAUGGGAAUAAUGAGGAGUUAGCAGGCAGGUAGGGAAUCGAAAACGGGUAGAUGCAAAAAUCAGCUGAAAAGCAGCAAAUGAUGCUGCAUGUAAGACAAUCUGGCUAACGAGGGAGGACAAAACAGGAUCGGGUGACUACGAACUCAGGAAAGGCUGAACUUAUCACAAGGCCGAUGUAAAAUGGCAGAAGUGUUGAUGAUUCAAUUCAUUAAUUAAUGAAUGGCAACACAUAGUUACCUUCCAUUCCAUUCCUCUCCAAUGACACAGUGUGAGAGUUUUCAGAGCCAGAGCUGCAGAGGAGGCUGAAGUUUGGACAAAAAACUCCUGGCUGGACUUGAGGAGUUUGUCACAGCAAACCACAAAUGGACAGUCAGUGUCUCCAGCCUGAGAAGUGUCCGUUCACAGUUGCCAUUGUCGUAGUUUAUUUCUGUAGGAGAAAGCUUGCAAAAGAAGAGGGCACAGGGAUGAAGCUUCCAGUUGUGAGUAAACACCAAAUUCACUCCCACAUCUGAAGCAGUUGGGGUCAGGAAUGGGCAAAGAUGAGAGCAGAGGUGAAUUGACUCUUUGUUUCCUGGAAAGCCUCGUCUGCCUGCAGGGCCAAAAGUUGCCGAAGGCCUGCUGCGUACAGGAGGCCGGAGAAAGGGAGUGUAUGAGUUGACGGGAGAAAGAAUAGACUAUCUUCAACCUGGUGCAGAAAUUUUCAAGCACCUGUUCAGUCUACAAGUUAGCACAGAUUUGAUUGCAAGGUUGUAUAGAAUCAUGAUCGUCACAGUGGAUUUGAUCCAAGAGGAGCAGUGAGUCUCAUGGUGUUGACUCAAAGCUGAAUUUAACAAUGAGCAGCAUUCUGUGUCUCUGCGUGCUGUUAGACUAGCUGUGUUUCCCUGUUUCCAGCCUUUAUGCUAAGCUAAACUAAUCCACAUUAAUAAACAGCUAUAAGAGUAGAAUCAACGUUCCAUUAACUUCCUGCCAGAAAGCAAAGAAUCUUCCAACAUGUCAAACUAUUUGUUUGAACAAAAAGGCCAAUUUAUCUCGUCACGUUCAACAAAAUGCUGGAGGCUAAAUCAUAAGCUAUGACGCAACAUCGGGCUGCCACUAGAAGAGCAACAGUUGAGAAACUUGUAUAUUUCAUCUGGUUCCCCCCCCCCAAAAAUAGAGUGCAACAGUUCAAAGCUGUUAACACCAAGGGUAUAUACAAUACAACGUGUUUUUGUAGAUUCUUGAUGUUCUACACUGCAGAAAAUCUGCUAAAAAAUCUGGUAAGAAAAUACAAUGUGUGUUUCUUACCUUAGUUUUAGCGUCACAUUUACUGAAAUUGUGAAAUUGUGUUGUUUUGAAAUUACCAACCAAGUACAAAUACUUUUUUUAGCUAUAUAUGAACAUGUUUCAUCUGUACACCCAUUAGAGGAGUUUAUUUAUCUAAAUGAAUAUUUAGGAAAUAACGUCAUCGCUUCGCAAGAAUUCAGAUGUUUUAUGAAUGUUCCUGCUGCUAUGUAAUUAUCUAGACUGCUAUUUUUGUGACUCAGAUCUGUAAUUAUUGCCAUUAAAGUGACUGUCUCAACCA